UAUGGCGCCGAGUGCUGAGGUAAAAUGAAUCUAAGGCCGGAUAAAUAUUGAAUUUACACUUUAUUUUGAACUUUAAGUUUAAGAUUUUGCUACAGAGCGCCAGCACAUUUUAUUUCUCGUGUGUGAACAUUUCUUAGAGGUGUGUUAUUACGAACAACAUGGAUGAUAAAGCACAAAGAAACACCAUUGUAUUCAAUGCCUGUAAAAGUGAAGUGUUCACACCCAGCAAUGGACUAAAGACUCUCAACAGGCGACUACGAUCAACAUGGAAGAUUGUAAGCAACAAAGAAGAAGUGACACUAGACAGACUAGCUGGGGCAAGCAUGUUUGUGCUAUGUGGUAGCCGAGAAAAAUUCACUGGAGGAGAGUUUGAUGUGAUGAAGAAAUACAUGCAGAAUGGCGGUAGUCUUCUUGUUAUGUUAGGAGAGGGAGGAGAGUCCAGGUUUGACACAAACAUCAACUUCCUCUUAGAAGAGUUUGGUGUUAUGAUAAAUACAGAUUCUGUUGUAAGAACAUCAUAUUACAAAUAUUUCCAUCCGAAAGAAGCCUUAAUAGCCAAUGGAGUACUUAACAGAGCUGUCAGUCAUGCUGCAGGGAAAACAUUUUCUGCGACAGAAGAUGAAGAAAACAAUGCACAAGCACUGUCGUUUCUGUACCCCUAUGGAGCCACCUUAAAUGUAAUGAAGCCAUCUGUAGCAGUCCUCUCCACUGGAAGUGUUUCUUUUCCUCUCAACAGGCCAGUGUGUAGCCUCUACCAUUCCAAGGGAAAUGGAAAGCUUGCAGUUGUAGGUUCAACUCACAUAUUCAGUGAUGGAUACUUGGAUAAAGAAGAGAACACAAAAAUCUUGGAUGUGCUGAUUCGAUUCCUGACGACGGAUGACAUUCGACUUAACCCAAUAGAUGCAGAGGAUCCAGAGAUAUCUGACUACAACAUGUUACCAGAUGUGGCAAGAUUAGCUGGAGACUUAAAGACAUGUUUACAGGAGAGUGAUGACGUUCCAAGGGACAUCACGUCGUUAUUUGACAAUUCACUUUUUAAACUGGACACAAGUCUUGUUCCAAAAGCCAUUAAUGCUUUUACAGAGUUACAUACGAAACACGAGCCUUUAACAUUAAUCACCCCCUCAUUUGAAACUCCAUUACCUCCGCUUAACCCUGCAGUGUUUCCUCCCACUUUCCGAGAAUGCCCACCUCCCUGUUUGGAUCUCUUUGAUUUAGAUGAACAGUUCUCAUCAGAAAAAGUCAGACUGGCUCAGCAAACAAACAAAUGUACAGACGAUGACCUGGAGUAUUAUGUGCGGGAGUGUGGAGACAUACUGGGAGUAACAACACGACUACCUGCUGACGCACGUGAUGCCAAACACAUUCUGGAGUACAUAUUCGCUCAAGUUGUAGAAUUUAAGAAACUUAACCAGGAUCAGGACUAUGACCAUGACACAGCACAGUAUGGAGGAGAUGGUGCAGGCACAGACGCACUUGUUCUUUAACGUCCGAUCUGAUACAAGACUUAGUAUUUCUUAACUGACAGGUAGAUCUGCAGGCAAAGCAUUCAGGAUCCCACAAAAUACAGUGCUCUUGAGUUGUGAAAUAACUAACUGUGAUAAUAACAUUUUACAAAAGACUUGUUGGAACUGGAAUGGAAUCAUCACUGGACCGAUAUUGACGUCAAAGACAUUGAAAAUACAUUAUUGACCAAUUCACUUCUUUUAUCAGUAGUUUUGAUAGACUUGUGUUGAUCCUUGUGAAUUCUUCUAGUUGAAAACUAAGUUUCUGUAAUAUGGAGCCACCAGGCAUUAAAAAUAAUUUACAAGUUUACAGUUUCAUUUUCAAAGUACUUGACCACUGGACAAAUUUGGAACUUGUUCUUUUUUGCUUGACAUAUCCUAUAAUUCAUGUUUAGUGCAUAUUGAAAAAUGUCAAGAGUAUGGAUAUAAAUUCUACCCCUGAGUGCUGGUUAGUGAAGUCAUGCACCUCUGUGGUUCAGAGUGACUGAUGGUGAUAUACCAUUGCAUAUGUACCUUGUAUUUCUCAUAGACAAUAAUACAUUGAUUAAAUUAGUGCAAGGUUUCUGUGAUUUCAGUUUUUGGAAUAUGUCACAUAAUGUGGCCUAAAUAAUACUUGUUACAAUCAUAUGGAUUCCAUUAUGGCAUACUGAGAAAGUUUAUGAUAUCAUGCUGUGUAGGUCAGUAAUGGUUAUAUGACAUGAAAUGAUUCCUAUUCUAUUUUCAAAUUAUUGCAAAUUACCAGGGUAUAACAACUUUAAUGGUUUGUAAUUAAGGCCCCUGUGUAUGGGUAAUUAACAGUGAUCAUUGUGUUGGUCACCUGCCUGUCCAUCACUGGUUUAUAAUUAAGGCCCCUGUGUAUGGGUAAUUAACAAUGAUCAUUGUGUUGGUCACCUGCCUGUCCAUCACUGGUUUGUAAUUAAGGCCCCUGUGUAUGGGUAAUUAACAAUGAUCAUUGUGUUGGUCACCUGCCUGUCCAUCACUGGUUUAUAAUUAAGGCCCCUGUGUAUGGGUAAUUAACAAUGAUCAUUGUGUUGGUCACCUGCCUGUCCAUCACUGGUUUAUAAUUAAGGCCCCUGUGUAUGGGUAAUUAACAGUGAUCAUUGUGUUGGUAACCUGCCUGUCCAUCACUGGUUUAUAAUUAAGGCCCCUGUGUAUGGGUAAUUAACAGUGAUCAUUGUGUUGGUAACCUGCCUGUCCAUCACUGGUUUAUAAUUAAGGCCCCUGUGUAUGGGUAAUUAACAGUGAUCAUGGUGUUGGUCACCUGCCUGUCCAUCACUGGUUUGUAAUUAAGGCCCCUGUGUAUGGGUAAUUAACAGUGAUCAUUGUGUUGGUCACCUGCCUGUCCAUCACUGGUUUGUAUGGUCUCUUGUCUUUCUGUCACAUUGCCAGCUAUCCACUUGUCUGUUCUUCAACUUGUUUGUUUGUCACUCAUCCUUCCGUCCAAUUGUCCAUCCAUCCACUUAUUCAAUUCAGCUCGGAAUCCAGUAGUCUAAAUAUUUCUGAUUUAUGAAUAGGAUUAGUCUGACAGUAGUUAUAAGUUCAUGAAAUCAGGGCUAUGUUGUAAAUGGUAUCAAAAUACAUUGUACAAGUAUACCGUUAAUAGAUUCAUGUUUAGUUUUGCUGGUUAGCGGUCAUACAUACAAAAAUGGUAUUGCUACAGGCAUAAUUCCAAUAAUAUUCAAGACAGUCAUUGAUGAUGUCAA